AUGUCCGUCAAUCAAACUGUGCCAAAACCUCAUUCUACUCAUGAUCUGUUAAUGGCUAAAUUGGCAUCGAUUAUAAUUUAUGAAUUUAUUGGAUUUUUUUCAUUAUUAAACAAUGGUUUGCUAAUUUAUCUCAUUUUAUCACGUCGCCAACUACGUAAAGUAAUGAAUAUUAUCAUCAGUAGUAUGGCGAUAGGUACUAUUAUCUUUGCGAUAUUUUACUGCUUAUUACAUCCAUUGGAAGUAUUAUCUUUUCGUAUCAACUCGAUCUUUUGUCAUUUAUUUGGACCAUUUCGAAAUUUUAGCUUAGCUAAUUUAUCAUUUCAUCUGAGUCUGCUUAGUUUGGAAAAAUAUAUCGUCAUUGCCUAUCCCUUUCACUCUAGUCAGAUUAUUACCAAAUUUAAAAUUUUUCUUUCUCUCAUAUUUGUGUGGGUUGGAGCCUUUCUCCUAUCCUUUUUUCCUGUUUUUGUCCUAAGAAAAUAUGAUCCUAUUGAUCGUAAAUGCCCUAAGGUAGGAGAUGCAGAGCAAGAAUUUAUCUAUUUUACUUGCUUUUAUGCCCUUGCAUUUGGUCUACCGUUAGCUAUUAUGCUGUUUGCUUAUGGUUCCAUCUGUCGAAUUGCUUUAAAGCAUAUGCGAGAUAUUAGAGAGAAGAAUUUACCCGGAAAUGCAGAGGUGCAUCAUGAGAUACGCAGACGUGUCCAUGCCGCUAAACCGUUACUGAUUAUGGUCGGCACUUUCUUUAUAAUGUGGACACCAUAUAUUAUUUUUACGGUCAUCAUUUUCAUUUAUGGUCGACAUGCUGCUCAGAGACAACAGCUCCUCUUUCAUUAUGAAAUUUUUGCUAAAUUACAAGCUGUCCAUCGCGAUAUCUUACUUCCAGUAGCACUAAGUUAUUGUGCAAUCAAUCCAAUCAUCUAUGGCUUCUUCAAUCCUGGUAUAAGGAGAGCAUUUGUUGCUAUGAUUACUUGUAAGCCUUAUCACGCUUACAGUGGUGGUACCUCGAUAACAUCAUGUAAUAAUGAUACUAGCUAUAAAUCAAACUGGAAUCGAUUAAGUGCCGCACAACAAACUAAAGCAUGA